AUGAAGAUUUUGUUGGUGGGUAUUUUUCUAUUUUUACAUAGUACCCCAGCCUGGGCAAAAGAAAAGCAUUAUUACAUUGGAAUUAUUGAAACAGCUUGGAAUUAUGCCUCUGAGAAUGGGGAAAAGAAACUUAUUGCCGUUGACACGGAACAUUCCAACAUCUAUCUUCAGAAUGGCCCGGAUAGAAUUGGAAGAGUAUACAAGAAGGCCCUUUAUCUUCAGUACACAGAUGGAACUUUUACGACAGUGAUAGAAAAACCUGCAUGGCUGGGAUUUUUAGGCCCUAUUAUCAAGGCAGAAACUGGAGAUACUAUUUAUGUACACUUAAAAAACUUUGCCUCUAGGCCCUAUACUUUUCAUUCGCAUGGGAUAAUUUACUAUAAGGAACACGAGGGGGCCAUCUACCCUGAUAACACCACAGAUUUCCACAAAGCAGAUGACAAAGUACAUCCAGGGGAGCAGUACACAUACAGGCUUCAUGCUACCCAAGAACAAAGUCCUGCUGAGGAAGACAGCAAUUGUGUAACCAGAAUCUACCACUCCCACAUUGAUGCCCCAAGAGAUAUUGCCUCAGGACUCAUUGGACCUUUAAUACUCUGCAAAAAAGAUUCUCUGGAUAAAGAAAAAGAAAAAAAUAUUGACCAAGAAUUUGUAGUGAUGUUUUCUGUGGUGGAUGAAAAUUUCAGCUGGUACCUAGAUGACAACAUUAAAACCUACUGCUCCAAACCAGAGAAAGUUGACAAAGACAACGAAGACUUCCAGGAGAGUAACAGAAUGUAUUCUGUAAAUGGACAUGCUUUUGGAAGUCUCCCAGGACUCUCCAUGUGUGCAGAGGACAGAGUGAAAUGGUAUCUUUUUGGUAUGGGUAAUGAAGUUGAUGUGCACGCAGCUUUCUUCCAUGGCCAAACAUUGACUAACAAGAACUACCGUAUUGACACAAUCAAUCUUUUCCCUGCCACCCUUGUUGAUGCUUUUAUGGUGGCCCAGAACCCUGGAGAAUGGAUGCUUAGCUGUCAGAAUCUAAACCAUCUGAAAGCUGGUUUGCAGGCCUUUUUCCAAGUACAAGACUGUAACAAGCCUUCAUCAGAGGGCAGUAUCCAUGGGAAGCAUGUUCGACACUACUACAUUGCUGCUGAGGAAAUCAUCUGGAACUAUGCACCGUCUGGCAUGGACACCUUCACCAACAAAAACUUAACAGCACCUGGAAGUGCUUCAGAGGUAUUUUUUGAACAUGGUCCUGCAAGAAUUGGAGGCUCUUACAAAAAGCUUGUUUAUCGUGAGUACACAGAUGCCUCCUUCACAAAUAGAAAGGAGAGAAGCCCUGAAGAGGAGCACCUUGGCAUCCUGGGUCCUGUCAUUUGGGCAGAGGUGGGAGAUACCAUCAGAGUCACCUUCCAUAACAAAGGAGCAUACCCGCUCAGUAUUGAGCCAAUUGGGAUGAGAGUCAAUAAGAACAAUGAGGGCACGUAUUACGCCUCCCAUUACAACCCCCAGAAUGGAAGUGCGCCUCCUCCUUCAGCCUCCCAUGUGGCAUCCACAGAAACUUUCACCUAUGAAUGGACUGUCCCUGAAGAAGUGGGACCCACUUACAAAGACCCUGUCUGUCUAGCUAAGAUGUAUUAUUCUGCUGUGGAUCCCACCAAAGAUAUAUUCACUGGGCUUAUUGGGCCAAUGAAAAUAUGCAGGAAAGGAAGUUUACAUGCAAAUGGGAGACAGAAAGAUGUAGACAAGGAGUUCUAUUUGUUCCCUAUAGUGUUUGAUGAGAAUGAGAGUUUGCUCUUGGAUGAUAAUAUAAAAAUGUUUACAACUGCAUCUGAUCAGGUGGAUAAGGAAGAUGCAGACUUUCAGGAAUCUAAUAAGAUGCACUCCAUGAAUGGAUUUAUGUAUGGGAAUCAGCCUGGUCUCAAUAUGAGCAAAGGAGAUUUGGUCACGUGGUACUUAUUCAGUGCUGGAAAUGAGGCCGAUGUACACGGGAUUUACUUCUCAGGAAACACGUAUCUGUCAAGACAAGAAAGGAGGGACACAGCAAACCUCUUCCCUCAAACAAGUCUCACACUCACCAUGCAGCCUGAUACUGAAGGAACUUUCGAUGUUGAGUGCCUCACAACUGAUCACUACACAGGUGGCAUGAAGCAAAAAUACACUGUGAGCCAACGCAGGCAGCUAUCUGAGAAUCCAAACCUAUACCUGGGAGAGCGGACCUACUUCAUUGCCGCGGUGGAGGUGGAAUGGGAUUACUCUCCAAGCAGGGAAUGGGAAAAGGAGCUGCAUCGCUUACAAGACCAAAGUGUUUCAAAUAAUGCAUUUUUAGAUAAGGAAGAAUUUUACAUAGGCUCAAAGUACAAGAAAGUUGUGUAUCGGCAAUACACUGAUGGCACAUUCCAAGUUCCAGUGGAGAGAAAAGCUGAAGAAGAACAUCUGGGCAUUCUAGGUCCACAACUUCAUGCAGAUGUUGGAGACAAAGUGACUAUUAUCUUUAAAAACAUGGCCACAAGGCCCUACUCAAUACAUGCCCAUGGGGUGAAAACGGAGAGUGCUACUGUUACUCCAACCUUCCCAGGUGAAACUCAUACUUACAUAUGGAAAAUCCCAGAAAGAUCUGGAGCUGGAAGUGAGGAUUCUGCUUGUAUUCCAUGGGCCUACUAUUCAACUGUAGAUCAAGUUAAGGAUCUCUAUAGUGGAUUAAUUGGUCCACUGAUUGUUUGUCGGAGACAUUACCUGAAAGUAUUCAAUCCUAUAAAGAAACUGGAAUUUUCACUUCUGUUUUUAGUUUUUGAUGAGAAUGAAUCUUGGUACUUAGAUGACAACAUCAAAACAUACUCUGAUCACCCUGAGAAAGUAAACAAAGACAAUGAUGAAUUCAUAGAAAGCAAUAAAAUGCAUGCUAUUAAUGGGAGAAUGUUUGGGAACCUGCAAGGCCUCACAAUGCAUGCGGGAGAUGAAGUCAACUGGUACCUGAUGGGAAUGGGCAAUGAGAUAGACUUGCACUCCGUGCAUUUCCAUGGCCACAGCUUCCGAUACAAGCACAGGGGCGUUUAUAGUUCUGAUGUCUUUGACGUUUUCCCUGGGACAUACCAAACCCUAGAAAUGGUCCCAAGAACACCUGGAAUCUGGUUACUCCACUGCCAUGUGACUGACCACAUCCAUGCUGGAAUGGAAACUACUUACACCGUUCUACCAAAUAAAGAGACCAAGUCUGGCUGAAAGAAAUAAAUUGGUGUUAAGUGAAAAGAAAAAACAACCACCACCAAUUCAUUAUAACGUAU